AUCAGAUGUGCACAGCCAUUUCGUUAUCUCUGUUAAGGCAAAAAGUAAACUGCAUGUGUCUUUGUUAUUAAAUGUUAGCCAUUGCGAGUACCAGAAGUACAUAGAAGAAAAACACAGACACACCAUGGGAGAAAAUACCAAAGGAGCUGGGGACCCCAGUGGGGUGUUUAUCGACCUAAGGAAGCGGUUGCAAAGUGGUCUUCUUUUUCUCCGUUAAUUAUUUGCGAAACAGUUAGCAAGCUCUAGCGAGGUAACGUUAGCUAGUCUUAGCUAAUGUCAGCUAGUUGUGCUAACGUUCGCAGGACAGGAUAGAGGUGCGUUCGUGCCGUGCACAAAUUCUCGCAGAACAAACGCAAAGAAAGGGAUUCAACAUCUCAAGCAAGGACCACACACUUAUGGGAUAUUUAUAACAUCAACUCCGGGCCUUACAUCACAGGAACUUAACCAGGACCUGGCUUUAGUUCCGAUUGAUUUUGGGUCAACCCCGAAUCUUUUUCAUCCAACGGUUAUAAUCAGGGGUGUAGUGUGGCUGGUGACACUUCUCAGAAUAGUGAUAUUUCUCGCAAGAUCACUUAAUGAUUCAUUAGUAUUCUACAUAACACACCAACCAUAAUAUCAUAGAUAAUGUCAGGCUACUGUUAUACCAAAAACACCACGUAAUUGUUUAUGUCAAUUUAGGAUGAUUGUGCUGAAGUUGUUCCAUUUUUGUUCUCAUGCUGUGGCUGUGUUUAACUCCAUCUGCUAGAAAAUUCGAUUAGACAGUAGUUAGGCCGGUUACCCACCGUUACAUCAUUCAAGAUUGAAAUGCAUAUUGCCAUGAAACUGAUUGGAUCAAAUGGUUGGCAUGCAUGCAGCAUGUACGUUUCACAUGUAAAACGUGAAUAAUUAUCAUUCACGAUUGACAGUGAUGACGGCCUAAUUUAUAAUAAAGUAGGCAUAAUGUGGAGUUUUAGGAUUUAAAAUAUAUAACAUUUUCCUUGAGCUACUUACAGUAUGUGUAGGCAAUCGUGCAAUUUGGAUUAUGCAUUGUAUGUAUAUUAUAAAAUGAUCUUAUACAAUGUCGGUACAUACUUUCAUUCAGAAAUGAUGACGUAAUAAUAAUGCAAAAUUGUGGUCCUGUAGGCAAGCUAAAAAAAUAUCACUACACCGCUGGUUAUAAUAAAUGUAACGCAAUUGCCAUGUGUGGUCAACUGAUAAUACCAGCACCGUUUUGAUUGAGAACAGAGUCGUUGCGCUGUUUUGAGACACUCAUGGGAACUCAUCUUGAUAAAUCAAACAAUGUCCGAUUUUUGUUUUCAGUGAAUCUCCGUUUGGAUAUUUGGUUACAUUUAUGCUUGGAAAUAUUAGCUAAAAUGAGGAGAGAUGUGGCUAAGAGCUAUGCAGAGGUGAGCGUUACAGGAGGAGAUUUGUCCCUCCACAUCCGGACUCCUCGGGUCCUGCUAAUCGUGGAGCUGCCAGCAGGGGUCAGCCUCGUGGAGGGCUCCUGCAGGGAGGCACCUGGAACAGGAGACGAGAUACAUUUCAGAAUGCGCCUCAAUGUGGACCAGCACACAGAUGACACAGGGGCCCUGGGGCGUGUGAUGGAGAGGCUGCUGGUCCAAGAGAGUUAUUGCUUCCACUGCCAGUCCUGUGGGACCAGGGUGCUAGAGGAGAGGGUGUUCAAGCGGUUGCUCCCUCUCCCCAACGGCAACUGGAGCUCCCUGGUGGAUGACUGGUGUUGCCAUCCGGACCCCUUUGCCAACCUGAAGCUGCUGCCCCGAGCGGAGGACUGUUUACUGAGCGACACUCACCUCCUUGUGCCCCGGGAUAGAGGCUGUGAGGAGACUCUCACCCAGGAGCUCAGCCCCAGGCCCGUCACCAACAAAAUGGCUGAUGGUCAAAAUCAGGACACACCGGUGAGAGGAGAAACCCAACCGCAGGCGUACACUUGUCUCCUGUAAGAGUUGUACAGCCGGCCUGGGAGAGGCUGUGGCACCAGGGACCCUGAAACUCUCCAUCACAGAGGUGACGGUGAGACCCAGUGUGGGAGACAGCCAGUUUGAUACCUCUCUAGACAGGUCACUGUUCCUGGAACAGACCAUAGCUGCCAGACUGGUGGAGCUGUCCUCCUCCCAGAGCAUGUUUCGUUUCUCUAUCCAGACCCCAGAUGGAAAAGCCUUCAUAUUGGUAAGAGGUGUGAACGUGCGUGCAUAUGUGUGUGAGCGAGAGCGCUUGAAAUAUGUGAGGUAGAGACGGCGUUUGCAUUGGUGAAAUGUGUGUGUGGCUUUAACAGAGCGGAUUGUGAAGUGUUCAAUUACUUCUUCUGGCUCCUGAACAGUGACUCCCUCAUCGUCUCUCUCUCUGCCACUAUGCCAUCGGCUGUCAGAGGUGAUGCUGUCACCUCUCCCGGCCACCGCCAGUGUUCUGAGCGUCAAUCACCCACUAAGGCUGGCAGCGCCGUCAAAGCACUGGCAGCAACACACCAAGAUGUUGUAGACACCUGGGAGAAGGACAUCGGUGUCCACCCCCUAGACCUGCCUCAGACCACGUGCCAGGAGCUUUUGUCGGUGCUGACAGCCAGUACUUCAAGUCUCCCUCUGUCGCUGCAUUCCAUGAACUCCUACCAGGUAACAGGGCCUCUGGGUAAUAUAGGCAGAGCUUCUCCCCUUGGCAGGAGGAGUAGGACACUGUUUGAUUCCAUAUGGCUGCUAUCCAUUAUUUACAGCCUCUGCCUAGUAGCUAUCGUUGCGCCCAUUUUUUUAAGCUCAUUUUCUAAAAGAGAAGACGCUGGAGCCCCGCCAAUACUGUUGGGCAGUCUAACUUAUUAGUGCACACAAAAACAGUCUCCUCGACAGUACAAAAGGGAGAGUUUUCUUGCACCAAGGCAAGACUAGGAGGUGUGAACUUUGCUGACCUCACCAGGGACUCUCCAAAGACCUUCCAGACAGUUGCACAGUAAUUACCAGCAUUGUCUCAUCCCUGCCUCUUUACCUGUCACAGCAACACUCACCUGAGAGCAAGACGUAUAGUUGAAGAAGUUGAAGUAGCCCAACAUCCACAAAACAUAUGAAACAUAACAAACAUUUGAGCUCCUGCAUAUUCAUUGUGGCUGUAAAUAAGUUCUCUCUCUCUCUCUCUCUCUCUCUCUCUCUCUCUCUCUCUCUCUCUCUCUCUCUCUCUCUCUCUCUCUCUCUCUCUCUGCAAUCUCAUAUUUUGUGUUCCUUCCCUCUUUCACAAAACUCUUGUUACUUGCCCUCUGGGUCUGUACAGGGGAGGAGGAACUCAAUUUUGACUCUGGAAGAAGCUAUCAAUUCCACUUAGAGGGAGGGGAGAGAGAAAAUGGAAAAAGUAAGGAAAGAAGUUCUCUUCAGUUCGUCGUAUUUCAGUCUGAUAGGCGUGCAGGGUGUUAAGAGUUAGUAAUUCCGUACAUUCCAGAUGUCGCAAUAAGUAUUUUUAGUUUACAUACAUAUUUUCCAUAGAAACCAUCAAUUGUCUAUAGUUGCAAUGCCAUACACCCCCAUAUUCCCAUGUCCCGUUCAUCACUCAGCUGGAAAGCCUGGAAAUGGAGGACAUCAAUGUCUUGUCCUGACCAUGAGUGAUUAUCCUGCUGCUGACGAGGGACUUGUUUUAGGACGGGAGAAGAGACAAGAGGGGACUGAUGAAGAGUGUGUGAAAUGGUGGCGUACAUGAGACUGUAAUGUCAGAGGUCAAGAGCCAUGGAUCCACUCAUCUUUCCUAGAGGGAGGACCAGCAGAAGAAGCACUGGAACACUAGAGUACAGUGACUUAUGUCUUAGGCUGUGUUCAAGAGGCACGUAAUGGAAAACCAAGUUUCGAGCAUUUUCCAAAAAGAACGCUCAUUCCAGUAUACGUUUUGAAUAGGUUCAUUCAUUUUUGGUCCUACUGAACAUGACCCUGAUAGCUGCUGUAAUGCAGACCAUGUAAAAAAGACUUGUAUCAUUCCAUUCCAUUGGAAUGUCUGAGUUAUUGAUGACCUGCCCAGAUUAAAAUAGUGAAUCUGACUAACAUGCCUAUGUUGAAGUGCAUGUUUAUUAGAGGGGGGGGGGUCACUUUUAUUGUAAAUAAGAAUAGAAUAUGUUUCUAAACACUUCUGCAUGAAUGUGGAUGCUACCAUGAUUACAGAUAAUCCUGACUGAAUCGUGAAUAAUGAUGAGUGACAAAGUUACAGAUGCCAUCUAACUUUCUCACUUGUUAUUCGCGAUUCCUUCAGGAUUAUCCAUCUAUUCUUUCUUUUUUUUUUUUUACAAUAAAAGUGACUCCAAAAUGACACACUACAUUAUUUACCAUUCACUUCUGUUGGGCACAAAAUCAUCUGAAACACAACCAAAACAAACAGCAAAUGCAUCCAACAAAUGUGUGGAGUCACAAGCUUGAUGUAGUCAAUGCGUGCUAUAAAUAUGGGCCCAAACACUUAACUUUUUACUACUUUAAAACAUACAUAAGUGAAUUUGUCCCAAUACUUUUGCUCCCCUAAAAAUGGGGGACUGUGUACAACAACAACAAACAACGGUUCACCCGAUAUGGAUGAAAAUACCCUCAAGAUGAAGCUGACAGUCUGCACUUUAACCUCAGUCAUUGUUUGAUUUCUAAUCCAAACUGUUGAAGUAUAAAGCCAAAAAUUGGAUGAAAAAAAUGCUUCACUGUCCCAAUAAUUACAGAGGGCUCUAUGUAACCUCUGUGACAGGCUUUUCAUUUGACCUCUACCCAAUUUUCAACACUACCUGCUACUGUGUGAGAGGAAAAUCAACUGACAGCAUCAUUACAAUAACUCAGCUAUAAUUACUUUUUUUUUUUUUAUUUACCAGAGAGCUAGUGAUUAUGUGGUUGCUUAUGAGAUCGAAAGCUCCAGAGUUUUCUGAAUGUCAGCUAGUCAAGCUUUAAUUACAAAUACUUCCUUAGAUGAAUGUGCAAUAGAAACUCAGCCAGCUUUAAAAGUACAUGACAACAUGUGGUCGAUGCAGAAUAUGAUUAUAUAUUAUGCAGAGUAUUGUUCUAUAACUCCAUUAGACUCAAGGAAAGCCAGUGUGAUUCUGUUUCAUUUUGAGGAUUUGGAUGUUCUCUUACACUGGGUCUAUAAACAAGGCAUAACCGAUCAUAGGACACACAUAUUGUGCAUCCCCAUAGGCUAUAAGGAGGUCAUUGUUGGUAGCAACUGUAAACAGAAUAGCAAUGAAGUGGAACAGGGUCUGCACUAUUUAGAAUAAGGGAAUAGUUCUAUUCAGUAUCACUUAAUGUCUAUAGUGAGCAAGCUAAAAGGUCAUGGUUUGAGUACCAGGAGCAAGAGCUUCAUGACAAACUAAGUUAACCAAAUGUAUAGAUUUAAAAAAUAAAAUAACAUUUUAAAAAAUG